AUGACUAAGAUCAAGAACAUAGCGCCCUACGACCUAGACAAGCAAGUCGUCUCCCUCGGCGACAUCUUUACGCCCGCUAACUCUAAGGCGGUCAGUACUAUCGACGACAACGAAAGCUCUAAGAUUAAGGUCGAGACCCCUAAGAAGGCCUUAAACAUCUACUCCCCGCUCCGCCUACGAGGCUCUCCUAUAGCUAGCGACGAUAAGACUAAGGAUAAUACCGUCGGCGACGGUAAGCCCGUCUACGUCAAGGUCGAGAAGAGCAAGUGUGUCUACACUAAGAUCGAGAAGAACAAGCCUGUCUAUACUAAGGCCGAAAACAACAAGCUAAUCCCUAGUUCUCCGCCGUACUACACUCUACUAACGUCGCCUAGCGGCUGUAUUACUAGCAUCUUCAACGAGAACGGCAAUGCCGGACGACCCUACUAG